UGACUCUGAGGCUCAUCUCAGUCAGUCAUGGGUCAUCCUGGGAUCCACAUGUGGUCAUGGACACUUUGUGUCUUCUUGAGUUGGAUGUCUGUGGGUCAAGCAGUGGCAGGACCGCAGUACAUGGUAGCCAUUCCUGCGAUUCUUGAAGCUGGAGCUGAGACCAAAUUCUGUGCAAGUCUCCUGCAGCCCAACGAGACAUUGGUCAUGACUGUCACUUUGAUGUCUCAAGAGGAGAACACAACCCUCCUCCAGAAGACGUCCAGUGAAGAGUUUCACACUUGUGUUCCAUUUAAGGUUCCUUUAGUGCAGAAGGAAGUGGUGCAGAAGUUUGAAGUGGACGUACGAGGUGAUACAUUUCACUCAACAGAAGUCAGGAGAGUCAUGAUCAGAGUCUAUAAACCAAUGACAUUCAUCCAAACUGAUAAACCAAUCUACCUGCCUGGACAAACAGGUAACCUUCAAAUAUGGCACCAUAUGUAGACAGGUUUCCCCUUU